CACUCACAAGACAUUCACCCAUCCACCUCAUGCAAUAAACGAUUCUUCCUCUUUGCUUCUCUAAGUCAGACAAGCAACCACCAUGACUGGCAUCGAACUUCCUCCUUCCUUGAUGCGUCAAGCAUCGCGCACCAACACCCGGGUUCCUCCAAUUGCCCGUCGCGCGGUCUCUCCCUUUCCCUGUCGCAUGGCCGUCCUCUCCCGCGACAAGCUGCAAAAAGAAGCCUCCACGAAAAGCCCCGAUCUGCGACGGUGUCUGGCUCACCACAGCCUCCUGAAUCGCUCGAUUGAAGCCGCCCAGCAGGAUGUGCGCCGCCGAAUGGCCAGCUUCCACCUGGAUGAAGAUGAAGAUGAGGUUACGCCCUAUAACCCACCCGCGGAAGCCACGGCGAUGCCCAUCAUCCGAGUGCAGAUCACCAAUGCCGUGCGGGCAAUGGUCAAGCGUCGCGCGGCGGAUCAGGAGCUGGGAGGCGGGCUGGCCCGUGUCCCCUUCCCAUCCGACAAGGCUGCAUCCAAGCCAAGCACGAGCCGCACGAAAAAGGGGCUGAAGAAUGUGCCACGCGUGGUGUUUGGACGACGUCGCUGGCCACUCUACGGGCCGCUACAAACGGGGAUGGUUAGCUGAUCCCAUGCUCACCACCACCUCACUCGCAUCGAAUACCCUUGUCUUCAACACGACAUAAAUUCCUGCUUCGGAUUAACUGUGAUAUGGAUACCAUGUGCCACGAGAUAUGAUGAUCGCUGUAUAUAAUUACCUUCUGAUCACCUUUUACUACUAUAU